CAUGAAGCUGGCUUGCCGUAAAGCUGUGCCGUAAAGUGUAGCCCUGAUGUUUAGAAAGAAGAGCUGCAUUCUUUACUUAGAGGUUGUUAAAUGUUGUAUUUGUAGUUUUAUUAGAGUCUAAGGUGACCAAGACAGCAGAGUGAAAAUGUCAAAGCCCAGUCUGCUCAUCCUGUAUGGGAGCCAGACAGGUACGGCCCAGGACACGGCCCAGAGGAUCGCACGGCAGGCUCAGAGAAGGCAUCUGCAGGUUCAAGUGUCGCCUCUGGAUAACUACAAUGUGGCCAACUUGAUCUCAGAGUCUCUGGUGAUUUUUGUGUGCUCCACCACCGGCCAAGGAGACCCUCCUGACAAUAUGAAGAACUUCUGGAGGUUUGUCUUUAGGAAGUCGUUGCCUGCUGGCUCUCUAAGUCGCUUGGACUGUGCCAUACUGGGCCUGGGGGACUCCUCCUAUCCUAAGUUCAAUUUUGUGGCCAAGAAGCUUCAUAAGCGCCUUCAGCAGCUGGGUGCCAGUGUGCUGCUGCCUGUUGGGCUGGCAGAUGACCAACAUGACCUGGGGUCAGACGCUGUGAUCGACCCGUGGCUCACGUCAUUUUGGGAGAAAGCGUUUGCUCUGUACCCAUCUUUGGCUAACCUGGUUCCACUGAGGGAAGAUGAACCGCUCCCUCCAACGUACACUUUCCACUUCCUGGAUGAUGUGAAAGAGACAACAGAUGACAGGCGGAGGAUUCCUACGGAGCAAACUGUCGCCUCCCAGUCCCAUCCAUUUCCUGCCAAACUAGUGUCCAAUAGUAGAGUAACGGACAUGUCGCACUUUCAGGAUGUGAGGCUCAUUGAGUUUGAUAUCACUGGAUCCAACAUUGAGUUUGCUGCUGGUGAUGUGGUGAUGAUGCAUCCAUGUAACACAUCAGAGGAUGUAGAGCAAUUCUGUGAACUACUGAGAUUAGAUCCAGAGGCCAGGUUCACACUCAGUGCCACGGACAACACUGCAGUUCCGGCCAGGCUUCCUCAGCCCUGCACUGUGCGCCACCUGGUGGAGAGCUACCUGGACAUCGCUGCUGUGCCUCGCCGCUCCUACUUUGAGCUGCUGUCUACCUUCGCCACCAACGAGAAUGAGCAGGAGAAGCUGGUCGAGUUCAGCUCGGCGGCAGGCCAGGACGACCUGCACACCUACUGCAGGCGGGUUCGACGCACCGCGCUCGAGGUCUUGGCAGAUUUCCCCCAUACUACAGCAGAACUCAAAGUAGACUACCUCCUAGAUCUGUUCCCUGAGAUCCAGCCUCGCUCAUUCUCCAUCGCCUCUUCUCUCAAGGCUCACCCACACAGGCUCCAGAUCCUGAUAGCUGUGGUUAAAUACAAAACCAAGAUGUUUAUACCACGAAGAGGCCUCUGCUCCACCUGGUUAGCCUCCCUGGACCCCGUACAAGGGGAAGUGUAUGUGCCUCUGUGGGUGAAGAAGGGAACCAUGACAUUCCCUAAAGACAAGGACACCCCUGUGAUAAUGGUCGGACCUGGAACAGGAGUGGCACCCUUCAGGUCGGCUGUACAAGAGAGGAUUGCUGAGGGAAAAGACGCCAACGUCCUGUUCUUUGGCUGUCGCUCUGAGUCCAAAGACUUCUACUUCAGUUCAGAGUGGGAGGAGAUGAUGAAGACUGGACGUCUGACUCUCUUCACUGCCUUCUCACGAGACCAGGAGGAUAAAGUGUACGUGCAGCACCGUGUGAGGGAGAACGCUGAGCUCCUGUGGGACCUGAUCGCCAAUAGAAGUGCCUGCUUUUACAUCGCUGGUAGUGCUAAAGAGAUGCCAACCAGCGUGUGUGACGCUCUGAAAGAGGUGUUCCAGCAGAAGGGAGGUGUGUCCGCCGAGGACGCCGAGCAGAUGCUUGCAACCAUGGAGAGGACGCGCCAAUUCCAGAGUGAGACCUGGUCCUGAUCACAUGACCUAAACCUACGACUUCAGACUUCUGCGUGAUACAAUCCCUGCUUUGGAAUUAACGUGGAUCCAUCCAUCAGUCAACAUCAGCAUAUUGGAGCAUGGAAGCAACAGUAUGUGGCAACAUGUGGCUCCAGCAAAAGAACACAGGGUCGUCCAACCAAAAAGUUGAACCAGGCUCAACUUUUGCUGCAGAAACACACAGAAAAGUUACUACAUGAAAGAGACACCCACAAAUAAAACUAUAAGUUCUAUACCUUAAAUCUGUUCAGUUUUAGCCCCCCAGGACUUUGAUGAAGAUGUAGACGUGUUGUUUGUGUGGAUAAAGUUAAAAAUGACUGAGAACUGGCAGUUUAAAAAGUCUCCACAUUUUUGUUUUUGCUCAGGACAGAGGUGAAUUAACAUUGCAGUGGAUGAGAGUGAGGUGGUGUUUUGAAGCAGAUAAUUCCAAAAGUAAAGGCCUAUUGCUUAAAUGGGCACAUCAUUGAAAGAAGACAAAAAUAUCUAUGUUUUAAUGUAUUAAUUGUGUAUGAGGAGUGGAAGUUGUGGAACCUACAAGGUUUUUUGCCAGAAAAUAGAGUGUGAAUGAUGUCACCACUCAAUAAACACCCGUUAUAAAUAUAAAACUUAAACUGUAAUAAUUCAAAAACUAUGAAAGUUAUCAAAAAGCUGAAUCACACCUUGAUAGUUCAAAGUGUUAUAACCCGUUUAAAGUUCAAAUGAAGUCUGUAGCUAAAAGUAUGCGGAAGCAGUAUCAUUUCAAAGAGGAGUAUGUUUAAGAGGAUUUGAAGAUUUUCUCCAUUGAGUUGCAUUGUAAAAUUGUAAAAAAAAAAAAAAAAAAGCUUAAUAUCUGUAUAAGAACGGAAUAAUUUUUUUUAUUUAUUGGAGAGCAAUAGUGUGAAUGCUGAGCAAUCCGGCAAUAACAAUUUGAAGUGAAUUGAAGUACUGGAGUGGGUGAAUCCUAACUUGAGGAAGCUGUAAACUUGACUUGUUGACAUAAACAUGAUGGACCAAUGAUGCAGCAGCACACAUUGUUAUAUAAAAUUGUGAUUAUUUGAUUAAAAUAUGCCCUAAUAAACCAUCUUAAUCUGAAAACUA